AUGGCAUUCCCGUUUCUGCGAGCAUUCGUCACACUCUUUCUCUAUCGCUACACCCGACUCGUGUUCAACUUGUUCUCCUUUUGGACAUUCAAGCCAAUCCCACCACCGGAGAACCCCAAACUGACAUCGCAAGAUGUGACAGUGAUUAUUCCAUCAUUGGAGGGGUGCGGAGAUGAGCUGGUGGAGACAAUCCGAACAAUUCUCGACAAUCAACCUUUCGAAUUGCUCCUAGUGACAAUCGAGGCCAAUCGCACCAAGGCCGAGCAGAUGCUGAGCGCCAUGCCAGCAUCGAAAUCCCGAAUCCGUCUGUUCACAGUCAAACACCCCAACAAGCGCCGCCAAAUGACCAGAGCCAUUCCCGAGGUCCGGACUGCUAUUACCCUUCUUGCCGAUGACGACGUGAGCUGGCCGCGGACUCUACUCCCCUGGAUUCUGGCCCCCUUCGAAAAGGACGAGAAGUACGGCGGGGUGGUCACCUGCCAGCGAUUGCGCCGGGCCAUUGCGCCGAGCCUCUCACAGCGCGUCUGGGGCUUCUUGGGUGCUUUGUACCUGGAACGACGCAACUUCGACUGCGGCGCGACUACCCAUGUGGAUGGCGGACUUCCCUGCAUGUCGGGACGGACGGUUGCGUAUCGGACACAAAUUCUGCAGAAUGAGGCCUUCACCUAUGCUUUCACCAAUGAGGAGUGGUGGUGGGGCAAGUACCAACUCAACGCCGACGAUGACAACUUUAUCACCCGUUGGAUGGUCUCGCACGGAUGGGAAACUUAUAUGCAGUACCACCCAGAGGCAGAGGUGCUGACUACUCUCGAGGACAACCCUCGUUUCUUGAAGCAAUGCGCCCGCUGGUCAAGAAGUAAUUGGCGGAGCAAUUUGACUUCGAUGUUUCACGAGAAGCACAUUUGGUAUCGUCAGCCCUGGAGCGCUUAUGCCGUUCACCUGACCACUUUGUCGCCGCCUGCCUUUUUAGGCGACAUUUUACUUGUUUGGCUGUGCCACAAGGCGACUGGAUCCAAGUGGAUUAAGCUGUUGGGUCAUUACCUUCGCUAUCCGGUCGAUGUGCUGUUGCUACCAGUAUCGAUCAUCUUUGGUUAUUUCCACGGCGCAAUCAAGAUGUAUGCCGUAAUGACCUUGAAUGUGACAACAUGGGGUAGCCGUGAUGGCGCCGAUGAUUACGAUGCUGAGCGUAUGAAGAAGCGGACGGAUGCCGAUCGAAUGAAGCAACCGUACUACCCGCAAUAUCUCAUCAAAUGA